UGUCUGAGCCGGUGAAGUGUGAAGAAUGUGGGAAAAUAAAAAACAUAAGCAACGUCAUAAACCAAAAACUUUUCUUUGUCAGGCCUGCCCAAAAACAUUUAAGGAGUCAUGUGCCCUAAAAAAUCAUGAGCUCAUUCACAAUGAGAAUCGGGAAAGAUUUCCGUGCGACAUCUGUAACCAAAGCUUUUUAACUCCGUAUACAUACAAAAAACACAGGCUAACGCACGAAACCAACCGCAAACCAAUAUAUCAAUGUGCUCAGUGUGAAAAAUCAUUUGUUCAUAAAAAUGGUCUAACAAUCCACGAGCUCCAUCACAAGGGAGCUACCAUAGAAUGCCAAGUUUGUCAAAAACGUUAUGUGCGGCAAAUAGACCUAGAUGUUCAUUUACGCACUCAUUCUGGAGAAUCGCCAUUUGUGUGUCACUUUUGUGGAAAAUCUUUCAUCCACAAACGUAUUUUAAAUAGGCACAUGCAGUACCAUGGAUACCAAGUAGGUAUCGAAACAACGAUUCGAGUAAACAAUUGAAACAAAAGUAUCGAGUACAUACUCGUAU